AUGAUCGACUUAUCUAAUUAUCCAUAUGCGACAUACGAGCCAAAUCAAAUAGCUGCUGGUAUUCUUGCUGGUGUCAUUGGUAUAUCGUUGAUUGGAUGGCUGGCGCAAGCGACUCGAAAGUUUCGUCGACUUAUUAUUCUUCUGACCAUUUCCCAUGUAACCAUCUUUAUCGAACUUGUACUUCGUGCAGCACUUUCUAGUAGUGAACGCAAAUCCAGAGCUUCUUUUACCGCAACAUCAGUUUUACUUGCUGUCGGUCAACGAACGAUUAUCUUAGCCAAUUACGAUUAUAUCGUCCGUGUAGGCGAAGUUAAACCUGCCAUUACUCGAUGCGUUAUUAUUGGACCUAUUUUAAUCGCAUUAACAUCCGCUGCUCUGAUGAUUCCAGCUGGAAUGUUAUCCUACAAUAAGAGCACGAUUCCUCAAAGUUUUGCAUUACGACAAGCCUCAGCAGCAAUUGUUCUUGGACUAACUAUUCUUUUCUAUCCAAUUUGGUUUGCGCUUAAAACAUGGAAAGAUAUGAAGAAGCAAUCUAUCAUUCGUUUAUUAAUCUCAAGUAUUGCGUGCUUAAGCGUCGCUAUUUAUCUUCAAAUUACUUCUGUUCCUGAUUAUUAUAUAACUACAAGCCACGAAGAAUACUGGUUCUAUAUCUUUCAGUUCACACCUAUGGCUAUUGCACUACUGACGUGGACAUUCUUACAUCCACGACGAAGUUUGCAAGCGGAUGUCAACACAUCUGAACUUUAG